AACUAGAAACUGCACCUCGACCCGAUCCAUUUCUACAUCUCCCAGUACCAUCAUCUCUCUCUCUCUCUCUCUAGGGUUCAGUUUUGCUUUCAAUUUUCGUUUAGGUUUUCAAUUUUGAAGCAUCGUUCGAAUAAUACUCUUUCCCAAAUUCUCUCUCUCUCUCUCUCUCUCUCUCUCUCUCUCUCUCUCUCUCUCUCUCUUCGCGAUCGCUGCUUCCAAAGAGAACAAGUUGAAGAGCGCACACUCGUCGCAUAGCUCUUAAUAAUUGCAGAAUGAAGAAGGCAGACACAACGAGUGUGUGUAUGAUCAUAGUGUUGUCUCCUGUGCAAUAGUUCAGCAGAAGAAUUGAUAAUUCAGAUUAAGGUAGCUGGCAGACUAAAGGGUUUCAUGGCAGGCAGUGGCCUGCCAUCUUUGGGUCGUGUGAAGCUUACUGAUUUAGUCCCUUCAGACGGGUUGCCAUCUGAUUCCUAUAAAAUAUCAGUUUCAAUUUUGUCACAAUCUCUGGCUCAGUUUUCGGCGGUCAUCAUCCAGUUUCCAGCAAGUGAUGGGGCUCUUCUGAGAUCUAGUUUAGAAUCUGCUCGCCUCUAUUUCCACCAAAGGGAAACAUAUCCACCUGCAGAUAUAAUCCAUACUAGCGAGUCUCGUGAGUGGUGCAAAACAUCUGGUUAUUAUGCAGAUCCUCAUUUGUGGCAAGAAACUUAUGACUAUAGACCAGGAUUGACUCCUUCAGAACCUAAUAAUUCAAUUGAGUUCCCCCCGGCAGGUUUGCCAGACAUAUUUGCCUUAUUCGGAAAAGCAGCCAGAGAUAUUCUGGAUGCAAUUAGCUACCAUUUGAAUUUGCGAAGCUCUCCUUUUGUAGAAAUACUGGAUAAUGUUCCCCUGAGAAAUAGGGAAAUUUCAUCUUCAGUCUUGUCUGUUUGCUGUCAUGCAAGGCCGUCGUUCCAGGGGCCACAGCAUCAUAAUAUAACUACUCAAGAGGAUGGCCCAUUGAUUAUGUAUCCUGACCAUGACCACCAAGUUGAUAAAAGCUUGCUAUCACUUGUUAAGUCUGACAGGGCAGGUUUACAUGUAAGAGACUUUCAAGGCCGGUGGAUUCUUGUGGACGGAGAUCUGGGACCUCAGGAAGCUAUUGUUUAUCCUGGGCUUGCUCUUUAUCAAGCAACUGCAGGAUAUGUAAACCCUGCAUUGCACAAAACUGAGAUUAAUAUGGAGGCUAAUAUGUAUGGACGAUGUUCUUUAGCCUUCAAACUUUUGCCUAAAUCGAUGACCAAUUUGGAUUGUUCAGAAAUGCGAGUGGCAGGUUACGGGAUUGAAGCUCAGUUUCAGCUUCCUGUCCCAGUGGAUGAUUUUAUGCAAAGAUCUCAUCCAACAGAUCAUCUAUUUAACAGGCCUAGUCUUCAGUGCUUCAAUUUCCAACCAACACAUGAUGGAUCUAUGAAGACUUUGAUGCGGAGAAGGAAGCAAAAUCCCAAAAGCAAACCUUUGCCACCAUCCAAGAGGUUAAGGCUUGAGGCGCAGAGAGUUUUGAAAGAAAGGGUCCAGGAUAUUGCAGAUAAGAAAGGCAUCAAGCUGCGGUUCUGUAAUCUUAAGGAAUGUGAAAGUCACAUUCACAGCGUAGAUAGCCCAUGUGCAAAUAUACGAAUGGAGAUAGGGUGGCCACUUGGCGUUCCAUUUGUCCAUCCUCAUGACUUACCUAACAAGGCAAAGCUGGGUUUUCUAGAAGCAUAUGAACCUGGUUGGACAGAAGCCCAUCAAAACUCAGACAGGCUAGUCAACACUCGGCUAACUUUAACUGAAUCAGUCCCCCUGAUUUCCAACGUAUGGGCGACAAUGGAUCAAGUUGUGAAGAUAGCCCUAUAUAGUUCUCAGGGGGCUCUGAAUCUAUCUGUAGCUAGGCUUUAGAGUUUUAUACCUGCUGUCUGUAUAUGCAACUUUUGAAGCUCUUAGGAUUAUGAGACGCUAAUCCAAUGAAAAUGAAUGGUAGACUCAGCUCUACAACUGAUGGAGGUGUUGCUUACUAGUAUCAACCAUAUGUAAAAUGAAGACUAUAAGCCUCUCUUGGUCAUGAACAUGCACGAGUCAUGGAGGAAUGCAGUCACUGUCACAUGGUCUGCAACAAGUUUAGUUGUAACUUUUUUGUCCUUAAGUUAUGUCAAGCUGGUUGAAAGUGUAAACAGGAUAGCAUUUUGUCACAAUGUUAUGUGAAGCUGUAGAUUGACGUGUUUACUUAUGCUGCGUAAUUAUAAUUGUGAAAUCAGAAGCGGUUGAUACCAUUA